AAGGAGUGUUUCCAUGGAAACUACGAGUACGUACGAAUUAGAAAUGUGUUUUGCUUCCAAGCCAUCGCCCUGAUGCUUUUAUGGAAGGAUUUUGUUCCUAUCGGGCUCCUGUACUUACCACAGCCAGAAGCGCCGGCUCAGCUGUCAGAUUGCAGCACUUUCCAUUUUACCAGCUUUAGAGAUGAGUUCCUACGCAACAGCAUUGAAAUCGGUGGAUUAUGAGAUCUUCGGGGAAGUACAGGGUGUCUUUUUUCGAAAGGUAAGAAUGAUGAAAUCAAAGGAAUCUAUUUCUUACCUCAGCAAGUUAGAUCUUCCAGGGUACAGUGUGUCUAAUUAUACUGAGGAACAGGCCAGAAAGCUAGGCCUGGUUGGUUGGGUAAAGAACACAGCGAGAGGCACAGUGACUGGACAGGUGCAAGGAUCAGUUGAAAACGUCAAUUUUAUGAUGAACUGGCUGAAAUCUGUGGGCAGCCCAAUGUCUCGGAUUGACAAAGCCCAAUUCUCAGACGAGAGAGAGAUCUCCAAACUGGAUUUUAAUAACUUCUCAACCAGAUACUAGGAUGUUGCAAUAACUGGUGCUUGCUGAAACUUUGUUAAUAUCAUCUUUAAUGCCAUACAGCUUGGAGAGGGAGAAAGAGGGGACAUUUGUUGAAUAUGAGGGUUUGGAGAGUAACUUACUGAGAGAGUAAGGGGUGUAAGUUGCUUGCUAUUCAUGAUUUUUUUUUGUUUUGAUUCCCCCAAUAAAUUCUGAGUCUUUCCUGUCUUUGGGGUCUGGCAAUCAAUCUCCAUGCAUUUCUUUUAUUUUAAAAACUGUUUAUGCUGACAACAUAUUCAGCUCCAUCAAAGUUAAGAUUUCAAUUGGUUCACCAGAUGCUACAAGGAAUUUUGUUGAGCAGAGGUGCAAUGCUUCCUUUUCCUUUUAGUGAAGGUUGGGGACAAAUCAUCUGUCUCUCCAUCUUUCAUAAGAUUUGUUUAUUGCAUUGUGGCUCCAUGUAGUCCAAGUAUUGCGAGUAUACAGCUAUAACUACCUCUUCACUUUAAUUUUAUGUUUUUUAAAAGCAGAGAUCAGUCACCAGUCAUCUGCUGGUCACUUGUCUCUGAGGUUAUUCUGGUGCCAGGUCUAAUGUAGGUCACUUCAGCUUUUUGAUAGGUUGGCCGAUUUGCAUCAUAAAUGCUGCUGGAGAGCUGACUCUUGCAUGCUAAAAUCAUCAGCACUGCAAUAGCACAAUGGUUUUUAGUAACUACUUAAAACAGCAUCACUGUUAGUAAUUUUUAAAUGAUAGAACUUAUAUGCUUUAUACUUUUGUUGAUGGUUCUCACAUUUGGUGUAAACUGCUUUUAUUAAACUGGA